UCUAACUUGUGGUCGUUCGUUCGUCGGCAUCGAUGGAUUCGUUUACAAUUUACAUUUAUUUUUGUAAGCCAAAAAUGGGUUGAAAAUGAAUUAAAAACAUUCCAGUGGUUGUGAGAAAGUGAAAAUAUUUAUUUACAGACUGCUUAAAAUGUGAUCAUGGCUGGAUUUACGACUUUGUUAGUCAUAACAUUGUGGCUUCGAUGUACAAUAGUAUACGGAUUUGAGUUUAUAUCACAAUAUCCCAGUAAUCAACAGAAUGGGUCAUACUAUUUCUAUCACCUGGCGGUCGAUCGAGCUAGCGGGCAAGUUUAUGCUGGUUCCCUAAAUUGGCUCCAUCAAUUGAGUCCCGACUUGAAACCCAUUCAUGUUAUACGUACGGGACCUAAGCUCGAUAAUCCUAUGUGUCAUGCCAGCGGAUGCACAUCUCCAGAUAUAACGAGGACACCGAUAGACAACGUGAAUAAGAUAUUAGUUAUAGAUCAAGAAUCCAGGAUAGUGAUAGCUUGUGGUUCAAUUGCUCAGGGUUCUUGUUCCAAAUACAAGCUUGGCGAUCUAUCUAAUGAGCCCGAAUUCGUCGCGGUCAGUGUUGCUGCAAAUGAUGCUGAAGCCUCCACAUACGCCUUCAUUGGUCCUGAAAGAUACAAUUCCUGGGACCGUUCCAAUGUGCUGUAUGUUGGUACAACAUUUACAAAUAUUGGAGAAUAUAGGCAUGACGUUCCUGCCAUAUCUAGUCGGGAUCUUAUGACACUAGAAUUAGCUCAGUUCACAUUCUCCAAGCAAAGUUUGAUUCAAAUAGAUGUCAAAUACAGAGAUAACUUCUUAGUGCAAUAUGUGUAUGGAUUCAAUGCUAGUGAUUAUGCAUAUUUUUUAAUCAUCCAGAAACAUUCCCAUUUGGCUGGCAAUGAAGAGCUAGGAUAUGUGUCUCGUUUGGCCCGAACCUGUGUGAAUGAUGAUAACUAUAACAGCUAUACAGAAGUUACCCUAGAGUGUCAUGUUCGUGAAGAGACAAUGAAUGGUAAGAGUGAACUUGUCAAUUACAACCUAGUUCAAGAUGCUAAGAUAGCCAAAGCUGGUGCUAGCUUGGCCUCGCAGCUCGGUAUCAAGACAGGAGACUCCAUACUGGUAGCAGCUUUCAGUCCUUCUAAGGGUAUCACUAAUGAACCUAUGACAAAAUCUGCUAUAUGUGUAUUUUCUUUACAGGAGAUAGAAAUUAAGUUUAAUGAAAAUGUCCACAUGUGUUUUAAUGGUAGCACCAAAGCCCGUAAUAUGGGUUACAUAUCAGGAAUGAUAUCUGAUGGUAAAUGUCCCAGUGUGGGUUCUACAGGCAAUAUACUUAAUUUUUGUGAGGUAGGUCUUAAAAUAAGCGGUUUGUAUCCAAUUAAAACUAUGUCAGUUAUUCAUUGGAAUGAUACACAUGUCACAUCUGUAACCAUGUCUGUCACUGGCCUGCAUACUGUUGCUUUCUUAGGUACAAAUGAUGGUACAUUGAAAAAGGUAUUGAUUGAUGCUGAGGAAGCAUUGGAGUACUCUAGUGAGGAACUGUUGCCUGGUCAAAGGAUACUGCCAGAUACUACUCUAUCACCAUAUCGUAAAACCUUGUACGUAUUAGCUAGAAAUUCCAUUGUUCAAAUACCAACUGAGAGAUGUGCCGAACAUGGCAACUGUUCAUCCUGUCUAGAAUUCAAUGAUCCACAUUGUGGCUGGUGCUCUCUUGAAAAACGUUGCACUGUCCAGAGUAUGUGCCAAAAAGGAACACAAAGUGCCCCCAGAUGGCUCUCCCAAUAUACAGGACAACAAUGCAUUGACUUUGAACAAAUAUUACCAGAUAGAAUAUCUAUGAAUGAAUUCACAACUGUGCAGCUUAUUAUUAGAACACUUCCAGAAUUACCAUUUGGUGCAAAGUACAAAUGUGUUUUUGGAAAUACCCCACCUAUAGAUGCAGCGGUUACAUCUAAUGGUCUAGCCUGUCCUACUCCUGAUGUAAAACAUAGGCCUAAGAUCCCUCAAAACCAGGAUCAUGUUUAUGUACCACUUUCAGUUCACUCAUCAGAAACUAAUAAAGAUUUUGUGUCGCGAAACUUUGCUUUCUAUGACUGUUCUAAGCACACAACUUGCCAUUCCUGCAUAAUGAGUGAGUGGGCAUGCAAUUGGUGUAUUUAUGAUAAUAAGUGUACACAUGAAACCUCAGCUUGUCAGAGGACUAUUAUAAGUGGAGAAAACAACCCAUCCAAGUUACUCAAUCAUGGCGUUGGGCAUUGUCCUAGAAUAAGACAGUACAAGAAACCAAUAUUGCUGCCAAAUAAUGUCCCCAAGGAAUUGGAAUUAGAAGUGGAGAAUCUUCCCCAUUUGCAGCCUGGACAUACUGGAUUUCAAUGUAUUGUGAGUAUUGAACUUGCCAAUAUGAUUUUACCUGCCAGAGUUGAAUCUAAUCAUUAUAUUGUUUGUGAUAAAACAACAUAUUCAUAUGAAGAAGAUGUGGGGGAAUAUAAUGUCAGUGUUAAAGUUGUUUGGAAUCACAAGCACUAUAUAGACACCAUCACAAUAACAUUAUAUAAAUGUGAAAUUCUUGGAUCUCACAGGGAGCAUGCUGACUGUUCUCUUUGCAUCACCCGGAACUCCAUCUACCAGUGUACUUGGUGUGGUAACUCUUGCUCCUACAGCGAAUCUUGCCUGGAGAACCCAGUGACUGAAUGUCCCAAGCCCAGGAUAGAUAUGAUAAAACCUUUAAGUGGUCCAAUAGAAGGUGGGACAAUAGUGACUAUUGAGGGCAGUAAUCUUGGUUUGCGUGUAGAGGAAGUAACAGGAAAAGUACGCAUUGGUGAGGUUUUAUGUAAGAUUGUAGAUUUUGAAGUUUCUGUGAGUAUAACAUGUCGUACAGGGCCUUCAAAUGGAUCAACUGUUGCUCCAGUUAUAGUGCAGAAUGAUGCUGGAUAUACAGAAUCUUCUGUGUUAUUCAGCUACAAAGAUGUAAAGCUACAAGGUAUUUAUCCUGCACUGGGCCCUAUGUCAGGUGGAACUCAAUUGGGAAUCGGAGGGCAACACCUAAACAUUGGUUCAUCUGUGUCAGCCUAUUUAGAUGAGCUGCCUUGUGCUGUAAAUAAGACUCAAACAUCUAAUAAUAGAUUAAUUUGUAUUACUCCCAAAGCAAACACUCCGCGAGUAAUCCACACACUGACAGUAGCAAUCGAUAAUGCAAAUAGAACUUUGUUUGGAGAUUUGUUCAACUACACAGCAGAUCCAACUAUAAUGGAAAUAAAACCACUUAAAAGCUUUGUAUCUGGUGGAAGGAUGAUAACAGUACAUGGCACUAAUCUACAUACUAUACAAAAACCAUUAAUGAAAUUGUAUUACAAUAAUGAAUUGCUACCUGUCAAUUAUACAGAAUGUACUGUGCUCAAUGUGAAUCAGAUGGAAUGUCCAAGCCCAGCUAUAAAUGACAAAUAUGAUGAGAUUAUUCAAGCUACAAAAUCGCAAACAAGUACUCCACAAAUAGCUAUGAAAGUUGGUUUUGUCAUGGAUAAUGUUGAGACCAUGCAUGAUUUGGAAAAAUACUUUAACCCACCUCGAACUCACAUGGUAUUUGUUGAAGAUCCUCAUGUCUAUCAAUUUCCAAAUAGAAUUAAAUUGUAUAAAGGUGAUCCAUUGGUAAUAGAAGGUGAAAACUUAAUAAGAGCUAGUGAUGAAUCUGAUGUUAUUGUAAACAUUGGAGUUCAACCAUGCAAUGUCACUAGUCUCACAAUGCAACAACUUCUUUGUACACCACCUGAAAUCCAACCUGCUAAUACAGAUGAAAAUGGCGUGCAAAUUUCGGACAUAAACCUUCCAUUAGUUGUAGUAAAAAUUGGAAAAAACUUACGAUUCCCGAUCGGAUAUCUACAUUACGAACUGUUGAGGAAUUAUAAUUUUCCACCAGAAGCGAUUGCAGGUAUUGCUGCUGGUACAUUCUUUUUAGUUCUCAUAUUUAUGAUAGUUUUGGUUAUGUACCGUCGCAGAAGUACAAAAGCUGAGAGGGAAUAUAAAAGGAUCCAAAUACAAAUGGACACUCUAGAAAGUAAUGUACGACUUGAGUGCAAGCUCGCGUUUGCAGAGCUUCAAACUGAUAUGUCUGAUUUGGCAGCAGAUUUGGAACAUUCUGGUAUUCCCACUUUAGAUCAUGUAAAUUAUGUUAUGAAAGUAUUCUUCCCAGGUGUCUCAGAUCAUCCAAUAUUGAAUGUUCAGCGACAGUUUAUCAACACACCAAGAACCAAUUAUGAUGCAGCUAUGAUUCAAUUUGAACAACUGCUUAUUAAUAAAUGUUUCCUUCUGUCAUUUAUAGACACAUUAGAGUCGCAAAAGUCAUUCAACAUAAGAGACAAAGUAAAUGUAGCUUCUCUGUUAAUGGUAAUACUAAUGGGCAAAAUGGAAUAUGCAACGGACAUAUUGAAGUCUUUGCUUUUGCGCCUAAUUGAGAAGUCUGUAUGUAACAAACACCCCCAACUGAUGUUAAGGAGAACUGAGAGUGUUGUGGAAAAAAUGUUGACCAACUGGAUGGCACUGUGUAUGUACUAUUAUCUUAAAGAUUAUGCAGGUUCUUCAUUGUUCCUACUUUUCAAAGCCAUCAAGCAUCAGAUUGAGAAAGGGGUUGUUGAUGCAAUUACACAUGAAGCACGUUAUUCUUUAUCAGAAGAAAAAUUGUUGAAAGAACAAAUAGAUCAUCAAACUAUUACUUUACAUAUUAUACAAGAUGAUUUUGAUGAUAAAGUUCAGUGCAAAGUUUUAGACUGUGAUAGCAUAUCACAAGUAAAGUCAAAAAUAUUAGAUGCCUUGUUUAAAAAUACUCCAUUUUCCUUGAGACCAUCCGUCCACGAAGUCGAUUUAGAAUGGCGACAUGGCAGAGGUGGCCACGUUACUCUUCAAGACGAAGAUCUUACAACCAAAACUGUUAAUGGUUGGCGAAAAUUAAAUACGUUAGCUCAUUAUGGGGUCAAAGAAUCAGCGGUUAUGUCCCUCAUUUCUCGCCAGAAUGAUAGUUUCAACACGCCAUAUAAAAUACCUUGUAAAAAUUGCACAGGGAUAUAUUGCACUAAUUCUCACAUACGUGUAUACAACAGUGAUAUAACUGAUCAGAAUGUCCAUUAUUAUCAUUUGGUUAAACCUAUCGAAUAUCAACAUAUUGUCAAUAAAUCAUCAGAACAUAGCCACAAAGCUAUACCUGAAAUAUUCCUCACGAGAUUAUUGUCGACAAAAGGUACAGUACACAAAUUUGUCGACGACUUUUUUAGCACGAUACUAACUGUAAAUGAGGUAUUACCUCCGGCCGUUAAAUGGCUUUUUGAUUUAUUUGAUGAUGCUGCAAGAGCACAUGGUAUAAUGAACCCAGAAGUGGUACAUGCUUGGAAAUCGAACAGUUUGCCGUUAAGGUUUUGGGUGAAUUUAAUAAAAAAUCCAGAUUUUAUAUUUGAUAUUAACAAAACUGCUACAGUCGAUUCUUCAUUAUCAGUCAUCGCCCAAACCUUCAUGGAUGCGUGUUCACUAACAGAACACCGGCUAUGUAAAGAUUCUCCAUCCAACAAAUUACUUUUUGCUAAAGAUCUACCUACAUACAGAGAUAUGGUGAUACAGUUUUAUCAAUCAGUAUCUCAGUUGCCUCAAGUUACCGACCAAGAGCUAAGUACAUCAAUGCAGCAACUCUCGGUGGAACAAUUAAAUGAGUUUGAUACUCUGUCUGCCUUAAAAGAGUUGUACAUCUAUGUCAGUAAAUAUAGAGAACAAAUUAUAUUAGGACUAGAGAACAAAAUGCACUUAGCUCAUAAAUUAGAUAAUAUAGCGUGCACUAUGGAAGGCGAUCCUACAUCUAUAUGCUGACUAUAUGAUACUGCAAGUUACGAUUUAAUUGCAUUUACGUAAUUUAUUUAUACAAUACCUAUUUUGUAAAAAAAAAGCUUUAAUUUAUUCUGAAAUACUCAGAUUUAAAACCGAUGUAUAUUAUAAAGACUGUAAAAUAUCAUUUCCAUAAAUAUAGUUAGGAAGUUUAAAGGUUUUUUUUUCCAAUAAAUAUAAAAUACUUCCUUUCUUCUUAUGUAAUGAAUAAGAUAAAUACCUACUGAUUUUUAAUACUCAAUAAUUUAAUAAGUCUACUCAGAUUUAUUGACUUUUUAUAAAAAUAAUAAGUCCUACCAGUUUCCGUAAUGAAUUUACUCUUCCAGUGGCCAUAUUUUAGUGUCCAUUCAAUAUUCUUAAGUUUUAAUAUCAUAAUUUGCGGUCUCUCUUUUUAUUUAUGGAAAUUAUAGAUCUGAUUUUUAUUUAAUUCAAUGCAUAUUUGUAAAUUUUUAUUGUAUGUAUCUAAAAACUAUAUGUAACGAUUGAUGUUAGCUUAAGCUAAUGUUAGCUAGCUUAAGCUAAGAAGGCCUUUCUACUAACGUUUACACAAUGCAAACAUCUUUCAAGAAAGUGUAGAAAUUAAAUGAGGGCGCUGUCGGCUGGCAACAUGAGUGUUUAUCAACCAAUCUUUACUAUUAUAUUUGGAUAUAAUAUAUUAUAUUGCAAUGUUUGUCAAAAAUCCAUUUUCUUCACUUUCUUGUACACAAUGUAUUGUAUGUAGCUUAGUGUGCUGACUCACAAUGUAGCCCUACCCUACCUACAGUAGACAAAACGUUAGUGGCAAGGAAUUCUAAUAUAUUAUGUAAAGAUAUGUAAGUCUUAAGUAAGAAAUGUGAUAUAUUUGCAUUUGGAAUAUUGAUAAACAAUAGUCUUAUUAUUACCAACCACUCCACUUGGAUUGAUUUAACAAAUUAGCAUUAAUUAACUGUUUUGAUAUGAAUUUAUUUGGAAGUGGGUAUUAUUUAUUAGUAAUUUUUCAUCAACUUUGAUUCUGAUUGAGCUUUGUAUUCGCAAAUAUAUAUAUUUUUUUUAUUUCUAGUGUGCGACCGAAAUUUGGUUUUAAACAACCUUUCAGUCUUUGGCUGGUAAUAAUCAAUCGUGGCAGCAAACUUAUAUCGAACAAAAUUUAUUUAAAAAUAACCUAAAAUGAGAUUAAUAAAUAAGAUAGGAGUAUAUUUCUAUAUUAUUUAUCUUUAGUUUAUUCAACUAGUCAAUAGUAUAUUUCGCAUACUUCGCAUUUCACAUAAUCAAAAGUGAAUUCGAUUUCUGGCGAAAGCAGAUAUAAUCUGCUUACGGCUGAGGUUUUGGCAACAGCAGAAUACUGCUAUUAAUAGAUUAUAUCUGCUUUCGCCAGAAAUCUACCUUCGGUCGGACACUAGUGGUAUCACCUUCUGUAACUAUUCUGGAUAUGAUCUCGUUUUAUUAAUUGCUCAAUAUUUUUAAAUCUAAAAGUUGUCAAUUUUAUGUAUAGAUUUUAAUGUGUUUAUAUACUUUGGCUGCAUCUCAUGUUAGACCUCAGUUGAUAUGAUAUUGCUUAUUUGUAUCUCUAUCAGGUAUACAGUGGAGAAUAGGGGGAUUUUACUGCUUAUUUCUUUUGUAAUGUCCCCUUGAAACAAUUUUAAUAUUCCAUUUACAAAAUAUUUUAAGGUAGCUUAGAUGUAACUCGUUAGAUAUUAAGCAGCGUAAAUUCACCCGUCUCUUAAAAUUUUAUAUUAUUGACUUAGAUUAUACUUAUUUAUCGAUCUUUUUGUAAUGAAUAAUUUGAACAUGAAUGGAAUAAUUGAAAAAAAAACUGUUUCAUUUUACGUUAUGAUUUAUUACAUAUAAACAUACUUUUCUAACAUAUAAUCAUCACAAGCUAUAACUUGUCUCAAAAUGGCAGGACAAUUGCACACAACACAGAACAAAAUUCCAAGAAGCCUCUGGAAAAAUGCAUAUUUUUAUAGUAAACAGUAUUUUCGUGCCCCCAUUUCAUUGUACUUCAUACAUAAAAACUAACGGAAAGUGCACACCAACCACAUCGUUGUUAACGAACAAAAUGACCAAUUUUUAAUAUCAAGUUAUAUUAUAUCGUUAUUACGGCUAUAAAGUAUUUCGUUUUAAUGACACCUUGUCCUCGUUUUUUUUAACACAUUAUAAAACUGGAAAAAAUCGUUGUGAACUUGUGACUUUUACCAAAUCUGGAAAAUUAUUCAUAUUAUAAGAUAAAAAAAGACAUUUAGUCUUGAAAAAUAUAUGAUUAAGCCUGGAAUAUAUUUGUCUUGUUCUUUGAAUGAAAAAGAGACAACAUUAACUAUUCCAGAAAAAAAAAUAUUGAAAAUUAAUAUAAUACAUUGUAAUAUAAUUUAACAAAAAUCUCUUGAAUCGUUUUAUCGUAUUUUAGAAAUCCCUUCUGCGCAGGAGCAUUGUUUUUUAACAAAAUACAGAAUAUUUCAUUUUAAAUGUUCGGAUCCAUAGUAAUAAAUUACGUUAUUUAUAAAUAUAAGAUGUGCAGCACGUUAUAAUAGGAUCAUCUAGUAACUUCAUAGGUGUUAUUUUGUGCAUGUGUUUGUAAAAUAAAUUAAUAACUUAGCCCAGCCUGUCAUUGCUAAAUUUAUAAAUAAUAAUCAGUGACCUAAUUACAAAGCUUAUGGUAUAUA